GGCCAUGGGCGCGCCGGUUUCGCCCUAGGACGGGCGCGCAGAGAGCGCAGCUGGAGGGCCGCCUCGGCAGGCAGCCUCCUCGAGCGGCAGCGGCGGCGGCGGCGGGCGCAGCGCGGCCGGGAUGAGCGGCAGCGGCGCGGCGCCCGGCCCGGGCUCGGGCUCCUCCCCGGCCGCCUGCCGCUUCGCGCACUACUUCGUGCUGUGCGGGAUCGAUGCGGACAGCGGGCUGGAGCCCGACGAGCUGGCGGUUUUGUACCAAUGGCUCGAAGCAGAUCGUCAUGGCAAGAGCCAAGAUGCUGCCAAUACGACUUCAGGUGAAAAUUUUGACCAGAGUCCUUUGAGAAGAACAUUCAAAUCCAAAGUUCUGGCCCACUACCCUCAGAAUAUAGAAUGGAACCCUUUUGAUCAAGAUGCAGUGAACAUGCUGUGCAUGCCCAAAGGGCUGUCUUUCAGAACACAAACUGACAAUAAAGACCCUCAGUUCCACUCGUUUAUCAUCACCCGGGAAGACGGUUCUCGCACCUAUGGCUUUGUUCUCACUUUUUAUGAAGAAGUUACGAGCAAGCAGAUCUGCACAGCCAUGCAGACGCUCUACCAGAUGCACAACGCAGAGCAUUACAGCAGCGUUUACGCCUCGUCCUCCUGCAGCAUGGACUCGCUGGCAAGCAGUCUCGAUGAGGGCGACACAACUUCCCUUUUGAAGCUCCAGCGAUACAACUCCUAUGACAUCAGCAGAGACACCCUGUAUGUUUCCAAAAGUAUAUGUUUGAUCACCCCGCUGCCUUUCAUGCAGGCCUGCAAGAAAUUCCUCAUCCAGCUUUACAAGGCAGUUACCUCCCAGCAGCCGCCACCUUUGCCACUGGAAAGCUACAUCCAUAAUAUUCUCUAUGAGGUACCCCUCCCACCUCCGGGGAGAUCACUGAAAUUUUAUGGUGUUUAUGAACCUGUCAUCUGCCAGAGGCCUGGACCCAACGAACUCCCGCUCUCCGAUUAUCCUCUUCGAGAGGCCUUUGAGCUCCUGGGCUUGGAGAAUCUGGUGCAAGUGUUCACCUGUGUUCUUCUCGAGAUGCAGAUCCUUCUCUACUCACAAGAUUAUCAGCGCCUGAUGACUGUGGCGGAAGGCAUCACCACACUUUUGUUCCCAUUUCAAUGGCAGCAUGUUUAUGUGCCCAUCCUCCCUGCUUCCCUGCUGCAUUUUCUUGAUGCUCCUGUCCCUUAUCUGAUGGGCCUUCAGUCAAAAGAAGGAACUGACCGUUCUAAGCUAGAACUUCCUCAAGAGGCUAAUUUGUGCUUUGUGGAUAUUGACAACCAUUUUAUUGAGCUGCCUGAGGAAUUCCCACAGUUCCCCAAUAAGGUGGAUUUUAUCCAGGAACUCUCUGAAGUUCUUCUUCAGUUUGGGAUCCCUCCGGAAGGCAGCCUGCACUGCAGUGAGAGUGCCACCAAACUGAAGAAUCUGGUUCUGAAAGACUUGGUCAAUGACAAGAAGAAUGGCAAUGUCUCUGCUAACAGCAUCAGCAUGUACGAGUUACUCAAGGGCAAUGAAACCAUAGCCCGCCUCCAGGCUCUGGCCAAGCGGACCGGUGUGACAGUGGAAAAAACGGACCUCUCUGCCCCUCUGGGUGAAAAAGAAAAGGAUUUAAAACUGCAAUGCGAAGAGGCAGAACUAAGGGACUACCAGCUCAACGUCCAGCUCCGAGAGGUCUUUGCUAACCGCUUCACACAGAUGUUUGCAGAUUACGAAGCGUUUGUGAUUCAGACUGCCCAGGACAUGGAAUCCUGGCUGACCAACCGGGAGCAGAUGCAGAACUUUGACAAAGCUUCCUUUCUGUCUGACCAGCCUGAGCCUUACCUGCCAUUUCUUUCACGCUUCAUUGAAACACAGAUGUUUGCCACCUUUAUUGAUAAUAAAAUUAUGUCUCAGUGGGAAGAGAAGGAUCCUCUGCUUCGCGUCUUUGACUCUCGGAUUGAGAAGAUAAGACUGUAUAAUGUGAGGGCACCCACCUUGAGGACAUCUAUAUAUCAGAAAUGCAGCACUUUAAAAGAAGCAGGUCAACUCUUUAGGCAGAGGCUGUCUGCUGUUGACAUUGUGGCACCAGAACCUCAUGAUUUCUGUGCAGAAAGACAAGAAGUUGAUACCCAAUCAAUUGAGCAGCGACUGAUGAAAAUGGAUCACACUGCAAUCCACCCACAUCUGCUUGAUAUGAAAAUUGGUCAAGGCAAAUAUGAGCAAGGGUUCUUUCCAAAGUUACAAUCCGAUGUCUUGGCAACAGGACCAACGAAUAACAAUCGCUGGGUAAGUCGGAGUGCCACCGCACAGCGCAGGAAAGAGCGCCUUCGCCAACGUUCCGAGCACAUUGGACUGGACAACGACUUGAGGGAGAAAUAUAUGCAAGAGGCACGAAGUUUAGGAAAAAACCUGAGGCAACCCAAAUUAUCAGACCUCUCUCCAGCGGUGAUUGCACAAACCAACUGGAAAUUUGUGGAAGGCUUAUUAAAAGAAUGUAGAAUGAAGACAAAGCGCAUGUUGGUAGAGAAGAUGGGACACGAAGCAGUGGAACUGGGCCAUGGAGAAGCGAACAUAACCGGCUUAGAGGAGAACACCUUGAUCGCCAGCCUCUGUGACCUCCUGGAAAGGAUAUGGAGCCAUGGCUUGCAGGUUAAGCAGGGGAAGUCGGCUUUGUGGUCACAUUUAAUUCAGUUUCAGGACAGAGAAGAGAAACAAGAGCACCUCGCAGAAUCGCCAGUUGCCCUGGGACCAGAAAGAAGAAAAUCUGACUGCGGAGUUAUGUUGCCAACUCUCAGGGUCUCUCUUAUCCAAGACAUGAGGCAUAUUCAAAACAUGAGUGAGAUCAAGACUGAUGUUGGACGAGCUCGGGCAUGGAUAAGAUUGUCUCUAGAAAAGAAGCUCUUGUCCCAGCAUCUCAAGCAGUUGCUGUCUAACCAGCCACUCACCAAGAAGCUGUAUAAGCGUUAUGCUUUUCUACGUUGUGAAGAAGAAAGGGAGCAGUUUCUUUACCAUCUUCUUUCCCUCAAUGCUGUGGACUAUUUCUGCUUCACCAGUGUGUUCACCACUAUCAUGAUUCCCUAUAGGUCAGUGAUCAUCCCCAUCAAAAAGCUGAGCAAUGCCAUCACCACCUCGAACCCUUGGAUCUGCGUGUCGGGCGAGCUGGGAGACACGGGAGUAAUGCAGAUUCCCAAAAAUCUCCUCGAAAUGACUUUUGAGUGCCAGAACCUGGGGAAGCUGACAACUGUUCAGAUUGGUCACGAUAACUCGGGACUGUUAGCCAAAUGGCUAGUGGAUUGUGUCAUGGUCAGAAAUGAAAUCACAGGACAUACAUACAGGUUCCCAUGUGGGCGGUGGCUGGGGAAAGGCAUUGACGAUGGAAGCCUGGAGAGAAUUCUCAUAGGAGAAUUGAUGACAUCAGCGGCAGACGAGGAUCUGGUGAAGCAGUGUCGGACUCCACCCCAGCAGAAGUCUCCCACCACAGCUAGGAGACUCAGCAUCACUUCACUGACAGGAAAAAAUGCCAAACCCAAUGCUGGACAGAUCCAAGAAGGAAUUGGAGAAGCUGUGAACAAUAUCGUGAAACAUUUUCACAAGCCAGAAAAAGAGAGAGGAAGCCUCACCCUGCUGCUGUGCGGGGAAAAUGGCCUGGUUGCAGCCCUUGAACAAGUCUUCCACCACGGGUUCAAAUCUGCCCGCAUCUUUCACAAGAACGUCUUCAUCUGGGACUUCAUAGAGAGAGCGGUGGCUUAUUUUGAAACCACUGACCAGAUUCUAGACAGUGAAGAUGAUGUCCUUAUUCAGAAAUCAUCCUGCAAAACCUUCUGCCACUAUGUAAAUGCUAUUAAUACCGCACCCAGGAACAUUGGGAAGGACGGCAAAUUCCAGAUUUUCGUUUGCCUUGGAACACGGGAUCGCCUGCUCCCACAGUGGAUCCCAUUGUUAGCUGAGUGUCCCGCCAUCACGCGAAUGUACGAGGAGAGCGCCCUCCUGCGAGACCGCAUGACCGUCAACUCGCUCAUCCGCAUCCUGCAGGCCAUCCAGGACUUCACCAUAGUCCUAGAAGGAUCGCUCAUCAAAGGAGUGGACGUGUAACCCAAUGGCUAGAAACUCUCAGUCCAGGCCCCUUGCUCCUGAACCGUCCCCAACUCCGGGCACCAAUUUGGACUUGUCUGAAGAGGUCGUGAGCCACUGCGGGGGGCAGCGCACCGUACCCCCCCCCAACUGAACAAUCCUCACGCUACAGACAAGGAAAAUGCUGUAUUGUAGUUCAUUUGAACCAGGAAUUUAGUAUAAAAUAGAGUAUUUUCAUGUGUUAGAUGUGUGUAAAUAUGCUAUCUUCUUUAAGAAAUUAUAUUACUCUAAUACAAUACUUUUCUUAGAUUGAAUAUUCCUGUGACUUAAACUAAGUAGCUUGAAAGCACUGGGAGUUGGCGGGGAAGAGUGGUGCUAGUCAGGAAGAAGCCAGUAGACGUGUAAAUAGAGUGCAAGCCGGUCGGGCUUUUGUUUCCUCCAGGUACCAGGAGGAACCCAGAAUGCAUUGUUCUGUCGUGUCCAUCCAUCCUUCCAUCCUGGUGUCUGAUCCUUUGUAUUGUGAAUGUAAACAGCUUUACCUACUGUAUGAGAUAGUCCUCACUGUACCUUUUCAGUUACAAAUGGUUUCAUACAUUUGAAUUGAGUCACUUUUCCAGUCUUUGGAAAAUUUUUUUCUGUCGGCACAAGAUGAAGAUAUAAUUCAAAUAUUUUAAAUACUGGACCCCAGGAGCUUGGCUGAGCUGGAAAGAGAACACACAAAGCCCUGAGAAGUGCGUUAAAUUGUGGGAUUAUAACUUCUUUACACUUUGGAAAGAUUAGCCUAGACUAACUUCAUUCUUGGCAUUUUUAUUGUUAUUUGAGGUACUUUGGGGAGAUGUGAAUUUCAAAGAGUUGGCCUCCUGGUCGUAAGAAGUGCGGACAGCAGCUUGAUUCCGUACUUUUCACUUGUUCAUCUGAACCCUGCGCAGUCCCUCACCUCUUAAGGAUAACCACAAGCCCCGUCUUUGUUAGGUUCCAGUCAGCCCUCCCCUCGCCCCGGGCCCAUCCCCCUCUCAGGAAAUGGAAGGAAUGUCUAAGAAGGAGGAGGGCUCUGUGUGGCUUGGAAUGUUUUUGUGAAAGUAUUUGUUGACCAUGAUAAUGCAAAUAACAGAAGGGGAGAGAAAGAAUGAACCCUUUCUGGGUGGUUCGGGGCAAGCUUUCUGUUCCUUUGUAAGAGGGGGUAAUAAUGUAAAACAAGGGGCCCCGAGAAGGUAAAAGCCAGUACAGCACAGGCUGGGAAAAUGGAAGCAAAACAAGAGGCGACAGUCUUGAAAGACCAAAUGUGGCGAGUGACUUUCCAGCUUGGUGUUUUAUAAGGAAGUUGAAUAAAUGUGGUGUCGGCUUGUUCCUGCAAGUCUUCACCCUCCCGUGGGCCCUGUGACUCUAAUUAGGCAUUUGCACUUUGCUAGCAGCGAAAUUGCCUCAGCAGUGCUAGGCUUGUUCCCCGUUGUGGCUGAGAAGCAAAGCCCGGCCUCUCAGGCCCCUUGUACAAGCCGGGGCUCCUGGGCUUUAGCAGUGGUGUCAUUGCCCUUAUUUCCUGGAGGAAGAACCCGAUGGAACCAGUGCCUCCCUCCCUGCAUUGAUCACAGUAUUCAGCCGGGCCACCCAGGUGCACCCCCUGUCCACAGGUGACUAAGUACUUGGGGAGGAAAGGAGGAGGCGAAGGCAGCACUGAGAAGCCCAUGCAAGGUUUAAGAAGACAGUUCUGGGUGACCUGGGUAGGCCAGAUAUCGGUCUGCUGAGGGUAAAGUGUGUCCACAGUGGCUGUUCCAGGGACAUGGAAACUCCCUUAGGUGUUUCAGUGAUCAGCAAGCGCAGAAUGAGCCAAUCCAGGGUUUGUUCUUAUUACCUGUUCCAUAAGGCCACUGUGGACAACCAGAGGGAUGACUUGGACAGCAUACUAGAGGCGAGUCAUCUAGUCCAGCCUUCUCAUUUUAUAGCUGGGAACGCUUGAGGAUCAGAGAGAUGAAACACUUACCCCUGCAGCUGGUCAGUGACAACACAGGGUCAAGAACUCGUGUUUGUUAUUACACUGGGCUGCGUGAAACGGACCUCCAAGGCAUUCAUAUUGCUAGUUUCUCCACCCUGGGAUCUUUAUUCAUCCACCUAUACAGGUAGGAAAUAAGGAUUAAUAUUCAUUUAUAAUAAUCAUUUAUGAGGAUUAAUAUUCAUUUUAACAAAUUGUUCUCAAGAAUGAUACCAGAACUGACACAUCCUCUAGAAUGCCGGGCCCUUUAAACGAGUCGCCUUGGGAGCCCAUGUCAUUAUUCCAGAGAUGCAGCCAGUGCUCCUGACACAUAGGGACCUUCCUGUAAGCUGUGUGAGUGGCCUACAGCCCAUCCUUUUGAAUAUUACCAGUGAUAGUAAAUCUUGGCCUUUCAGAAGAAAUUUAAUAUUUGGAAACAACAAAAAGUCCUUAGGAUCCAAAUUGGUGAACAAAAAGGGUGCUUAAGCAGAGCUUGGGGUCGUAAAAGAAACACAGUUCUAAAGAAAUAAGACUUAGUUCUUAUGUGGCUGUUAUAAACUUGAGAGACAGCUCUGUGUCUUUGAGCCAAUACCAAAAUAUUUUGAGCAGGACAGUAGCAGACUCUUCAGAAUAAAUGCGCAGUAGCCUUCCAAGCUACUUUUAGAAAGACCUCACCCAUAGACUUAGCCUUUCUAUUAUGUUAAUUUUUAAAAUUAGUAUAUUGCUUUAUAAGCACCUCAAAGUUAAAGUAAUAAAAAUCGAUUUUGUAAUUGACUGUUUUCCUCAAAAUAAGUUAAAAGUAAUGCCUGGAACCAUAAUUAGUAUUUUCACAUAAUAAUAAUAGAUUGAGAAGAAUUUUUUUAAUUAAAUUGCCAAAAAUAUUACCUGUUGAAACAUUUAUUUUCCAAGUGUUUUCAAAUGUCCUGAAACUCCUCAUCUCAACUUUGUGACACAGUAGCAUUAGACCGAUGUUGGUAUUAUGUAUAAGACCCUCAUAUGUAUAAUGACCCUGGUUGGGACUCAUGAGCACCUUAAAAUGACUGAGGCUCAGUGUGGGGUGGUAUAGAGUAGGUAGGGUCCUGCGUGGGAAAAAACAGGCUACUGAGAACAAAAGUAAGGCCUCCCAACCCUUCCCAUCCUCUUUUCCACUGAGGAGCGAGAAUUUGAUAUAAGAAAGCUAAAACUUGCAAAAGUUUGCAAUUUCCCUCUAUAAUUUAUUUCAAGUGUUUCACACAUUUUUAUACCUUUUGUAACCCUGAGGUAUUUACUUUAACAUGGCUUUUUAAAAAAUCAUUUUAAUGAACUUCUGUCAUGUUAUAUGAAUGAUAUAGGGGAAAUACUGAAUUGCUCAUAUUUCCUUUUUUUGGCAAUAAAGCACUGUUGUAUGUAAAUGUGAGUGAAAGAGGAGUGGAGACCAUACGUAACAGUUUGUAGAAUAUGUUGACGCCUCUAGCAUAUUCUGAAACAUGAGGCAGCAGACGAGGACCUCAGAUCCCCAGGGAAAUAUUUAUUUGACAGCAUUGGGAGUGUAGCUCUUAAUAAUGAAAUAUCUUCUUUAUGCUAAGAACUAUGAUUUUUCAGUAGAUUUCCAUUUUAAGAACUGUAUUUUCUCUGUGAGGUUUACAGAAACUAGUCUAUUUCUUUUCACCAUGUUGGAAAGGACAAUCUGAACCUUCGCUCUUUUUGUUUCAGUAUUAACGCACCUUCAUGACUGAGAAUGGAGUCUUGAGCUCUUCUCUACUCUUAUAAACCGAGUCCUAUUUCCAAGUCAUUUCUGUCUUUUGAAGUCCCUGUUCCUUAUGUAAGUAUUUGUUACCUGACCAUUUAGCAUAAAAAGAAGACAGAAACAAAUAAUGAACUACUAGGUUCUAUUCCUAUUAAAAUACAUUUAUAAAUCUCUUGAAUCAGACUGAUUUCCAAGCUUUUUGAGGGGGGUGCUGAUGGAGUGUGAUCAGCAGAAUCCCAGGAGAGCCUUGUCCUCCCAGAUAUUACUAGAGCUGAUCGUCCUUUCAAGGACAAAAUAAAGAUGGGCUCCAGAAGGGUAUCACGUUGAGCAAUUAAUGCCAGAGUGGGAAAAAAAUCAUCCCCAAAGUGCUCCUCGUUUGAAGGAAUCCAGGGUAUCCCUGGGUCACAGGGAAGGGAAUUGUGCUUGAUCUAGUCACCUGAAUGUAUUUGUGUGUGGCUCCAGGCUUUAUUCCAAACACCAAAUCUGGGGGAGAGUAGAGAGGUAUGGUCAGGAGAUCCUUUGUCAAUCAAAUGAGGGUGUGAAACAUAUAGAAAAAAAUCCUCUAUAUUACACUUGAACCGUGUAUAAAUAUACCCUGUAUAUCUUUUUUUAAAUGAGCAUUUCUCCAUUUAAAUUAUAUUGUUUUUCUUUGUAUUGUUUAACAAAAUGCAUCAGAACUGGAUUUUUUUUUUCUCAUCUGAACAUAAUAUAAAAUUGAAAGACUAUUGUGAUAUCAAGCACUUUAACAUACAUAUCAGAGAAACUGACGUGGGUUUUUCAGGUUUUGGAGUACAUAUAAAUAUGACUUUUCAUGCUUUGUUCUUACAAAUAAAACUGUGGGGUUGAUACUU